CAAACUAGCAUCCACCACGCGUGUUGAAGCGCUAUGGGCUUCAAGGUAAAUGCGCCUUUUGGAGAGAUGCGGGCGCGGCAAGCGCAGAUAUGGAGUUUGGCCGGUCAGGCUGAGCGCGGAUGUAUCUGGCAAGGCCAGCGCCGAUCUGGCGAAGGAGUGCAGAUCAGACGGAGUCGCGAGCAGCUCUUUGCGAGCAAGGGAGCCGCGCGAAGGCCCGACGACCCUGUUUGAGGACCAGUUCCCUGCCAACCUCCUGGACACCGGCCGGGCGGACCGGUCCUCCUGGUCUGGACUGCGAGAGGCCACCAGCACGGCGCUACACCGGGGCAAGUUGGACACCUACCUUUGGUGGCACUUUGCCGGAGACGCCCGGAAGCGGCUUAUGGCCAAGUCGGUGCUGAGCGCCCAGGACGGCGAGGAUGCCACCGCUGUGGUGGUCGCCUGUGCCCGCGCCCGCGUGGAGAGCCCUGGCCUCUAUCAGGCCUGGGCCAAGGCAGCGGAGAAGCCCCAGUUCAGCGCUGGGAUCGUGGCCAGCGGCGCUUUCUUCCUCAGUCGCGCGGAGGUCCUGCCUGCCACGCCCCGCCUUUGGCACGACGUGCUGCCCCGCACGCUGGCUGCGGACGCGGCAGCGCCGGAUUUGGCCAAAGCGGCGGCGGCCUACGCAGCCUACGCGGCGACCAGCGCGCGGGAGGAGGCCGCGGUGACAGCGCGUGGGGUCUUCGCAGAACUCGCGCUGAGCAGCGCCCAGCUCAGCGCCACGGAGGCAGCGCUGGCACUGUGGGCCUGGUCGCGGCUGGGCGCUGGCGCAGGCGGGGCGGAGCUGCUGUGGCAGCUGUGGCCGAAGUUGGAGGGCCGACUCGGAGAGAUCCCUCCGGUGCUGGUGGCCUCCCUUGCAGCGUCCUGCGCCUCCUUCGCUCGACUGGGGACCGCGGCCACGGCGAUCCUGGAGACGUUGGCAAAGCGCCAAAAGAAGCACGUGGAGCUGUUGUGCGUGGCCGCAGGGCGCUUGGCCGCCGCAGGUGUGCUGAAGCCUCCAGACCUUUGGCCGGUGGUGGAAGCGGCACGCCCCGUGCUCCAGCGACUUUCCUUGCAGUCGCAGGUGGAGCUUCUGCGUGCCGCCGCCCUGCUGGGCACGCUGCAGCACGACAAGGCGCUUGCGGCGGCGCUGCAUCUUCCGCGCCUGGCGCACAGCGUGGCGGAGGGCUCGCAGGUGGAGCAGUUGGUGCCCUUUAAGGAGAGCCUGCGCCUUGCCACCUCUCCUUGGAAGAGAUGCUGUCGGAGCUUGAACUCGAGCAGCCAGGCGCGGCUCACAUCGCUGCCAGCUGCCUGGAGUCUAUGGCCAUCCUCAGUGAAGAGGAGAGGUGCACUGUCCACCAGCCAUCACCCCCGAGUUUCUGGCGUUGGGCCAGGAGUCGGUGAGGGGGUGCUGGGCAUUGGCGUCGCUGGGCCAUCCGGUGUGCCUGCCGGAGGCCAUCUUUCCGAAGGGCUCGCAGGCUUGGGAGAUCGAGGAGACCUUAAGGUUGCUGCCAAUGCUGCGAGCUGCCCAGGAGUCCUUGACGACAGUUGCCGCGCGGCUGGUGGAGGCGUUGGACGAGGGAAGCCUUUCAGCUGAUCAAGGUGCCAGCAGCAUGCUGUCCUUGACCUUGCUGUCCUGUGACUGCACACAGCUUUGGCGAGCUAUGCGGGUCUCAAACGAGGACAGCACUUCGCAUCGCUUCCUCUCCUUCCCGGCCAUCGGGCAGCUGUGCCUUGCCGCGCUGUUGCAGGCUGCCAAGCCCUCGCCAACAGGCAUGGCGUUCAACCUCCAUUGGGUGGAUGAGCUGCUGAGCCUUCUGCUGGCGAGGGGCCCUUUGCGAGACCAGCGCCGAGGC